CGAGAUUCGCCAGGCUGAGCGUGCUAGUGCCGCCGCAGAAGCCGAAGAUUCUGCAGGGCGACUUCCUCGUAACCACCGAGGAUCGCGAGCUGGUGAUCGAAUGCAUAAGCGUCGCCGGGAAACCGCCUGCAGAGAUCACGUGGAUCGAUGGACUGGGCAACGUGCUACACCGUGGCAUCAAGACCACGAAGGAGCUGUUCGAUAACGGGCCGCUGUACACGGUAAAGUCCAUCUUGAGGGUGAUGCCGCGGAAGGACCAUGACAACACGACGUUCACGUGCCAAAGUCAAAACGCGGCGGAUCGCACGCCGCAGAACGCCAAACUUCGCGUCGAGGUGCGCUACGCACCGAAGGUGUCCCUGUCGAAGAUCGAUCGCAUCGUCGAAGGCUCCGAGCUUAGGUUCAAAUGUUGCGCCGAGGCCAAUCCACCCGACGUGGAAUACAGGUGGUUCAUCAACAAGAAAAAGGUGAUCGGGGAUUACACGACGGAGAUGAUUAUUCAUAACGCUACUCGCGAUUUGCACGACGCCACUGUAAAAUGCGAAGUUUCCAAUGACGUCGGUAAAAGUGAGGAGAGCCAGACCUUGGACAUACGAUACGGCCCGCAGUUUCGGCACCCGCCGGUCUCCGUGGAAACGCAUUACGGCGCCACGGAAAUCUUGCAGUGCGACGUAGACGGGAAUCCUACGCCAGAGAUCUUGUGGUACCACGAGGAUUCGGAGCGAACGGUCGCCACCAGCCCGAACAUAAGCGUCUUUGUGAGCCCGGACACCGCCGGCCGUUACUACUGCAAAGCCCGCGUGCCCGGCUUUCCGGAAUUGACCGGUUAUGCCAACAUCUAUAUUCGCGGCCCGCCGAGUAUAGUGUCGCAAAGGAUCCAGUAUGUGCCCGACGAAGGGGUAGUCAAGGUUAAGUGCACCGCCAUAUCCGUGCCAAAAGCGGAAUCAGUGGUGUGGAGCUUCGCCGGUCGCGAGCUCAAUUUCACGUCGAACAAUACGCCGUUCUACGUGCAAGAGGAAUACAUGGGCGAGAGGGUAGUCAGCACUGUCACCCUGCUGGAUCCCAUAUCGACGUAUUUCGGCGAUUACAACUGCACGAUCACGAACAGUUUCGGCACGGAUUCCGUCAUCAUCAAGCUAACAGCGCACACGUUGAUUCCAGUCGAUUGGCAACUAAUCUUGGCCAUCGGUGGAUUGGUCAUCUGUGUGAUUCUGGUUGGCGUCAUAAUCUUACUCAUUCUACAAUGUCGCGAUCGUAUUAAGCAGCCACGACCGCGGACAACGCAGACUCAGGAGACCGAUAUGCAAGAGACGGAUUCCAACGCUGAUCGAUAUAGGGAAAGCGAUAGAAGCAGCAACCUCUCAGAUGUCAAAGCAGACAUCCGAGCGGGAUCUAGUGUCAGCAACGCGGAAAGUGUCACGGCCCUUGACAGUGAAGGGGAAGGAAGCACCAGAGGAGUAAACGCCUUGGCACUUGCUGGGCCGGUGCCGAAUCCGUUAUCCGGUUAUCGUUAUAGCGCCGAUUACACCGAGCCCUCCUUCCCGCCGAAGAAUAACGAUGGCAGUAACAACAACGGUUACGUGCCAUACGUUGAUUACACCCGCGAUUACAUGCCGCCAACGACACAGAGCGUGGGCGCCUCGCGUGAGUCUUUGAGCAGGAUACCGUCGGGCGGUAUUCUGUCAUCGAAAAAAAUUGGGCUCAGCUCGGCCAAUCUGGGCACUUCGACCCCACAGACAACGCCGGUGAUCGAUCCGCGAUUUUCCGCGACAUAUGGCAAUCCCUACCUCAGAAUGUCAGCGGCCGAGCAGCUCCGACACGCGCCGCACACAGCCGUGCCGGGAGUCACGCCGGCACCGCCGCCCUACACGCAGGCAAUGAGAAUGAAUAGCUUGAAUACCUUGAACGGCGCUGGCCCGCAGGCCCCACUGUCAGCGCACUACAUCACCGGUGGCCCCAACGGCGCCAUGGCGACGGUGAAACGCACGUCCGCGGUGGGCACGUUAGCAACGCACGUAUGAGGCCAGGGGACACGCUCGAGACCGACGACGACAACGACAAUGACCUGCGACGCACGACAGCGCCUCGUUGACGGAUCCGAACGAAGCCAAUAUUAUUACGAUCAGACCCAUUACGCUCGCGACGUUACGGAACGUUAUAGAACGGAAUGCGAGCGACUUCUGGGUCAAAGGUCAGUGGACAGCGGAGGUCCCAGCAGGGUCAAGGACCGGGCACAACGAAUGGCCGAGAACGGCGAGGCGCUCAAAUACAUCGAGCUGGUGCUCCGGCAGCUGCGACAGGCCAGCAGAGAUCAUCGGGAGCUCAUGCGGCAACGUCACGCGAACUUCCAGCACGAGAUGAGUAAGCGAAUGAACGAGAGAGUCUGGGAUCAUCAUCAUCAUCAUCGAGAUGGACGCGUGGACGAUUCGACGUACGCGUCUAGAACCUGUUCCAGAUCCUCGAGCAGUCCGUGGGAAUCGGACGUCACCCUGAGGAAGUCGCGGCCGGACGUCACGACGAGGCUGCUGACGAAAAGGAGGGAUUACGGGGGAACGGCGCAGAGCACGGUCGACAUCCUGAGACCGGUCCACGUCCAGGAACGCGUCCAGGACGGGGUAGCUGCGGCCGCGUAUCAAGAGAUGAGAUACAUCCCCGAGAAUAUCGGCUGGAAGGACGCGCGAAAGAUGUUCGGUGCGUGGAGUCUGCCGGAGGCUUCGUCGAGCAACGAUCGAAGGACAUCCUCCACCGUCGUUUGAGCGUCAGCUUCGCAUCGAUUUCGCAUCGACAGGGUUCGUCGAUCUUGCGAGGACCGCGCGGAACAGCGUGGAGUAAAUCGAGGGAAUCGGCACGAGUCGAAGGCUCUCUCAUGCAAAUGGGAGAAAAAAUAUCCGUCGCGGAAAAAUAUCGUCGACGGACGACUCGUACGCGUUAAUACGCUUGCCGCCAGGACUGCGCACGAAAUCAAAUUAUCUCGCUACGAUAGUGAAUGUAACGCAGGAGAGACGGCCGGUACGAAAAGGACGUUGACAUCUCGAAGGAAACGGACGCACUCUCCCCUUCUGGAUCGAAGCGAUUAGAUUUGGAAAGGAAGAGCGCUGUGAGUAGUGUGCUCGGGGGAGGGUACGGAUAAGGGGAAGGCGAUGGUUGGGUUCGUGGAUCGAGGGUACUCUCUUCGGUGGCGAAAACAGACCACUCGGUAUCGACAAUCUUCUAUUGACGUACUUUAGAUCUUCUAUGUAAUAAGCGUUUAAUAAGUCUCGCUCGCGAGCGGAGAGCGACGUGAGGCGGAUGGUCCGGAAACGAAUCACGUCGCGAAUUGUUGCUGUCGCGGUGGUAGCAGCCGAUUACCGGGUGAAACGUCGCCACAAUCGACGACACGGAUUAUUUUGCCGAGAUCUCGUCUCAAGCUGAAACAGACUUUUACACCGCAGUGCGCCGUUUCCCCGGUAAUUCGUGCGAGACGCGGACCGGACCGGAAGACCGGGUUUGCACCUGACAUUUACAGCGUGACAAUUCUACCUAGACUGCCAGCAAGGCAGAGGUGCAACGCGCAAUGGGGCAGCAGCAGAGUUUGAAUCUUAUUUUUCCUCGCAACAAUCACACACGUGUUUGGUGAGCUUAACAUUACUUGAAACAAUACGUUUAACUCUCCAAAUAUAUUUUACAAGAUCUGAAUAUAAAAACAAGCUAAGUGAUUUCAAGAUAUUUUUCUAUCCGUAGGAGCUCGCGCUGUGAAUUUUGUUUUACCGGAGUUACGCCGCUGCUCGUUAGUGUUUCCUCUCUUGCGGUGCAACAUCCGAGAGAUUUCUCGGCGUUUGCAUUACACGCGUUACGUACUGUCGAACACAAACGCAACGAAUGUCAAGCGUAAACCUGCCGUAACGAGAGCGCCUCGGCUGCCACUUCGAUGUUUUACUGUGUCGCGCUGCCUUUUUGUAUUUGUAGGAAGAAAUAAAACACAGAGAGAUUAGCUUGUAAAAGAUGCUCUCGCGCAGCAUCCUGCGGACUAAGGGCGCACGUUAAGGAUAACGAUGACGCCGCGGUGGUCACGCGGCUUACACGACGACGGUAAGUCGCGAUAGGUCCGUGACUUCGCGUUUCCUCCGGCCUCAAGUUCCACGUGCGACGGACAGGUAUGAUAGCGUGAGUCCGCGUGAAGGAAUCGACACCGUGUGUUUUGCGGUUGUUCGCAUUUGUAAAAUAGAUAGCGAAAAAUCAUUAGGUAUAUAUAUAUAAAUAUACAUAUAUUAUAUAUAUAUAUAAAUAUAUUAUACACCUGUUGUCAAUAUGAUGCAUAGGGCCUAUAUAUAGUUUGACGGCACUACGUGAAAGCGAAUUCUAUUUGAAAUAAGCUCGUUCGCGCGGGAUGGGACGGCUUCGUGUAAAUAACUAUUGAUAAAUGAUUAUUAUUAUAUACAUAUAAAACGAAACGUAAUGAAAAAUAUACGAGCGCGGCGUCCAUCGAUGUCGCGAUUUCGUCGCGCAAUUUUUUUCAAAAUAGAGAGAACGAAAGCGCGCGAUUGAAUUCGCGCUCAAUUGCACUCGUGUCACGUUAAGUUAUUAUAUUAUUUUCUCAGUGUAUAUCCUUUCCAUUUUGAUUCGCUGUAGUAGUUCGUUGCCGUGUGUUGAAAGAUGUACGAAAGAUCCAAGGAUAGAACUUGAGUUAAGCUCCUUAUAGGUUUUACAGUUUGCUAUGACUUUUUUACUUUCGGAUCUAAAUCACAAUUCAAUGGCCACUUUUUAAAUAUUUUUUGAAAUAGAAAAUAUGAUGACAUCAUGAUAUAAAAGAAGUAAAGCUAACAAUAAGUCAAUAUGGUUUACAAAAUGUGUUACCGAUUUUAUGAUUUAUUUUCAGCCUUAAAAAUCUGAAAGCUCACAAAAGUGACGUUGAAAAUUGCUCUAAAAUGUUAUGCAACGUGACUUGAAUAAAAUCAUAGGAUUCUUCGUUCAUCUGCCUUUUCUCGGCCAACGAUCCGCAGCGCGAUCAAAUCCUCGAGUUAUUACAGUGCGACCGAAAAAAUCGUAUCCUGAAAAAAUAAUGGCGAUGUACAGAGAGCUGACAUAAGGGGAAUAUCAUUCAUAAUGAUAACGAAACAGGGUAGCCUAUCAAUUAUUAAGACAAUUUCAAAAACGAAGGCUGCACACUACAGACUGGGCCGUACGCGCGUCGUCCCGCGUCGUCGGGACGCGAUGAAAUCCGCGCGAGGAAUUCUCGACGAUUCGCAUUGAUACCGAAUUGACGAGGAAAUUAUUGAACGAUACCGAUCGUCGCACGUUGAGAAGCUAAAAAUCCCGCGGCUGCGAGUGCGCGUCCGCACUCGCGUCGUCGGGCGAUAUCUUUAUAUUGUAACGUCUGUAACAUAACUUCUGUACAUAUCUGGAAUUAUUGCUCACCGUAUCUCGUAAGAUUUAGUUAGUUUUGUAACUGUGAACCACUAUGUGCAUAAUUCACUUCGCGAGAAGCAACCUCGCGACGACGAAUGUUUCCUCCUGAAGCGAUGGAAAUCGUAUGACGCGAAGGAUGCGAGCCUCGUCUCUCCUUUGCGAAAACGUUCGCAAACAAGACGAAGAAUUGUACGGCUCGACUCCUCGCAGUAAACGAUGAUUUCUAUCCUUCUGACGUAUUGGCGGUAUCGCGACGUGAACAAGGCUUUAAUCUAGUAUUAACGCACCGAAUGUGCUAACAUUCUAAUAAUUAGCCGUCAUCCACCUGAAGAGAAUCACUCGUAUCUAUGAUUUAAUAGACACAUCUUGAGAAUUUAAUAUUUAUAUUCGCAUUUUUAUCAUGAACACCUCAUUUUUAAUUAAAUUACUCGUUAGAGAUUACUUGCAAGCUCUCGUCAUGUAUUAAGUUUCGUAUUAAAUACGCCCGUAAUAUGUAAAUGUUCCAUUUAUUAAACUAAAUAGGACAAAAAGAGGGAGAGAGAGAGAGAGAAAUGCAAUAUUUUAAUUAAGCCUUCAAGACUACAUCGAGUGUGGUAGUAAUAGCAAAGUCUCUUAUACUUCACGUGGAUGGUAGUUAAUUGCGAUCUCGUCGACGCGUGAAAUGAUCGAUGAAAGCCGUUGACAGAUAUCCGCGAAUCAUCCAUCCGGGGUUUCGCUUCUCGCGCAUCAUUCGAUCAUUCUGUACAAUUUUCACGCCGAUGUUACUGUUAACUAUUUAAGACCUCGGAACCUUCGAGCGCGUACAUCAGGACACCGUGUGUGUGUGUGUGUGUGUGUGUGUGUGUGUGUGCGUGCGUGUGUGUGCGUGCGCGCGCGCGCGUGUAAAAUGGUGAAUAAUGCAUAUAUAAAUAUCGUGCUUGCAAUGUGGUACUCACGAAUGCCGAAUGUACAGACGACAGAAAGCAAAGGGGAAGCCAUGCAACUCGAUCGCAAGUGCAUUCGGCACGAAAAGUUAUACAUACAGAUACACACGAUUUCUAUUAUUAUAACAAAAGAGAAAAAAAAGAGAAAAACGUAGAUUAAAAGAGGUAUACACGCGAGAAGUAACUACAAUCAAUGUACUGGAUGGUCCGAAUGGCGAUGUUAAAAUUAGAAAAAGUUUAUGUCGUUUGAAUCUUAGGAGUUUACGCCUUCUCUGCCGUAGGACCAUCCUAUACGUAUUAAUUGGUUAUCUGUCAAUUAUUAAUUGAAUUAUAUCAAUUUCUUCGCCUUUAGUCAAGGAAACGGGGGAUCUUCUAAUGGACGUAGCGUGGCGCGAUCGCGUUGUUGUAAAGUCAAAUUCCUAGGCAAUGUAAGCGACAGUCCUUUUAGCGAACCCGUUCGCAUAACGAAAGAAGAUAUUAUAAUUGCCUAACGGGGUGGGGAACGAGGAUUUUUCAAAUUUGUUGAUACUUUUCAUACUUUACGACUAGGAAUUAUGGCCUAUUACUACUAUUACGCAAAGUUUAUCCGCCGACUCGGUCGUUUUUACACAAAGAAUUCCUCACAAAGAGAGAAUCGCAUUCUCUACGCUUGUGAAAGCAUGUUUAAACUGCAUCCAAAAAUAAAACUAAAUAAUUUCUCGGAAUGGGAUCCCCCGUAAUGACAUAUGCCAUACAUCGGAAGUUAAUUAAUCUCACAUUGCCAUGUCAUUUAGGAUGCCAUGUAGGAUAUAUCUCUCGUCAAUUAACGCGUGCAUUUAAUUUUAUAUUGUCCAAAUAUAGUAAUUUAUUUAAAAACCAUCGCGUUUUUAACCAAAACCGAAUUCUCAAAACUACAACCAUUUUUAAAUAUUGACGCAACAUAACGUAAAUAGCAAACACAUAUAAAUCUCUUUUUUAAUAGCUUUCGGAGUUGCGCGAUAUAACUAUAUGAACACGUUAAGCCCCGAGGGGGCUUAAAUUAAUUAAAAUGCAAAUUAAAUCAACAAACGCACGGGAUUAAAGGAUUAAAAGACCACAUCGAGUCGAUCAGAAAUAUCGCGCGCGUGAACUGAGCUAGCUUUAAUUAAUUAAUGAAGUCUGAUUAUGUCACAGCAAGUAUACCAUUCCGAGGUACGCGCCCGCAGAUUUUCCCCGCAUUAUAAUCGCGGAGUGAAAAGGACCGAGCCGGCUAAAAUUCGUGAAUAGGAAAGUGACUUUUUAGAGAAUGAGCGUUCUCUCUUUGCGUGCUACUGCGUGCCGCGCGACGCGGUUCCGCGGAUACAUGAGUAUAAUCUAUUUCGAAUUCGACUGAACACGACACAUAGGAGAUAAUAUAUACCCCCAUAUUUUUCUCGAUGUUAAGCUUUUUCUCAGAACGUAUAUCGAGUGUACGUGCGUCUACAUGCGAAUCUGUCGACGCAUUUCGCGACGACGACGCGACAAAUCGCGGCUGAACGUUUCGACUUGAAAGUUCAAGUCGCGAAUCCCGGAUUCGGAAUGAUCACUUUCGCUCAAUUACUAGGUGGAAACGCGUUCAUUUCGAUGACAACCGAGAUCCUUCUCCCGACGAAAAUUAAAUUUCUUCCGCGGUCUCCUUGACGGCCGCCACCGUUACGGAUAGAGGAACAGUAAGCGGGGAAUAUUAAAAAAGUUCGUAGCCAUCCCUGCAUAGCUCUAUGUUACGUAUCUUCCGUGUGUAUGCGUGUGCGUGUGUAUGAUCAUUUUUCAGACGGAAUCAGAACUGUCCGAUUGAUUACGCAUUCGACAUAAUUGAUUGCAUUUUAAUACGUUGGGAACGGCACUCUCGCGUACUCUCGGGAACAAGUAAUCGACGUCGAUGCAUCUGUCGCUCCCAUUUCGUUUGCCCGGCGCGAUACUUCGCGCGAAAAACGCGGCAAUAAUGGAGAACGCUACUCUGAAAACGAAUCGGUCGCUUCGAAAAAAGAUAUUGAUCACGCGGGAGAAACUCUCCGGGAGCAGAGGAAAUUUAUCGCAACUGUUUAUCGUUAGAUGUCCGUUUUGCAAGCAUCAUUAUAAGUGAGACACAAUUUCGAACUUGUUAAGCGCUAUCGUAACUAAUCUAGAGAGUCAAAUUAAAGAGUAAAACUAAUUCACAGAAAUUGUUGAUCGAAGAAAUUAGAUGCGUACAAAACACCAGUAAAUAAAUUUUUACAUAAAAAAAAUAUAUAAAGAAAGAAUAAACCAGUCCCGUGAUCAAGCAGUAUACAUCGUAAAGAUGUACAGUCAUCUGCAUCGACAAAUUGUUAUAUGUAGUGUACAAAAACAUUCUUGUACCACGACUUGACCGCCGAUGUUCGUCUAAAUCAUGAUGAAAAUCAUAACACCGCGAGCAAAACAUAUCCACUACGUAUCAAACUGAUGUUGACGAGUUUUACUAUAGACUUUAGUUAUUGUACAAUACUGUCAAGUUGACGGCAAUCAACGUGAUUUAUACAAGAUAGAAUUUCACAAAACGCAGAAACAUAUUCGUAUAAGGUAAUACAUUUCGUCACUCUACUCGAGAACAAGAACUUUUGUUAGGAGUACCAUCUGUACAUACGCGCAAUGUCGAGCAGACUCUUCAAGAAUCGAUCUCUUUUGAAUCAAGUGUGCCGACUACUGUAAACCUUCUGAACUGAUAGCUUUAAUGAAUUAAUUAAUUAUUAUUUACAGCGGGUUAAAUUUGUACUCUCUAAAUCUUGAAACAUAUAUCGAUAGCUAAAUUAUCAUUAUAAUAACGGUUGUUUGAAAGUGGAAGCGGCUGGACACACCAAUUGCAUAAGUACAGGGUUCUCACCUUUUUUUCUGCUAAAUUCGUCAAAUUUUCUUUUGACGAAUGUAGCUUCGAUUUUGUCCAACGACGGAAUCUAAAUUCGUCUAUCGAAACAAUAACAAUAACAUCGCACUAGUAAAAAUAUGAAACGUAUUAAUUUACUAUGAAAAAGAACACUUUUACGUCGCGACAUCACGAAUUUGUUAUCAGCAAAUCUAAAAAUUCACUUUUCAUAAAAAAAGAAAACGUAUAACGUGACAUACAUCGUUACUCGAUUUCAUCGAUGUGGAUUAAUUAGGAACGAUCGUACCUUGUUAUUCGCAUUCUCGAUUUUUUUUCCAUCGUACAUGUACGUCGAACUUGCAAUAAAAUUGCCAAAUUUUACGUGAACCUUCAAUUCGAAAAUAAAGUUUAUUUCGCAAUGACGUUCAAUUAAAGUUACAUCAAACAGAAUACGCUCGAACAUGUGUAACAUAUCAUGUCCAUUACUCGUUCGUAUCGCAGAGCCUCGAUUGCAAUUAUCGCUAUCGAUUAAAUUAAGAUUGAAUUCCGAAUUCUUCGCAUGUACCUGUAGCAUUAAUAAACAAGGAAAAGAGAGGAAAGAAAAACAGGCAUAAGAAACGCCAACAGAGAUUACAUGCAAUGUUCGCACAAGAUCUUCCGUUAAAAACGAUCGAAAGAGAGAGAGAGAGAGAGAGAAAAUAGAAUGAAUGAGACCGUGUCAGAAUGCGACAGAGUGAAUGAGCGAAGAUUUUUUGCAAUAACGUGCUUCCGAUACGUUAAAUAUGAAGAUUAAAACUGAUGCACUUUUGGUGAGUUUUUUAUUUACGAGACACAGACUGUGUCACACAGUAUCGAGAUACGAGGAAAAUUAUUCUGGUUAAACGUUAAUAUAAUAUCAACCGAUACAGACGUGAUAAACGCUGUGACGUUAGUUUAAAAUAAAAAUUACCAUGACAACUCGUAACAAGUCCUGGUACCGAGCGUGGACGCUUACCGUAUUCAUGGUGCGGUAUUGCAAGAACUCCCCGGUGUAUGUAUGUAUGCGUGAGUCUGAAAAUUUUAUUACAACGCAAAAUGGUCAAUCUAUUUCGAUAUGACAGUGUGCCAAUAAUUCUUCAUCCCAGUAUAGCUAACGUACGUCACGUUUUUUAUUCGUUUUAUAUCGUACCGAGGUCUCACGAAUCCAAUCGAGGCCGCGCGAUCUGUCUCACUCUUCUUCUUGCUGUGCUUUUUUUUCUUUAUUCUACACGCGCAUGAUAUUGUCGUAAGAAUAUCGUAAGUACAAAAAGGUAUUACGAUUACUUUGAAUUUUCGAUGUUUCUCGCACAGUAGAGCCGGUAGAUAUCACUCGUAUCCUACCAUUCCUCAGCUUAAUCCAGAUAUACAUUUGUUUUUACGCGGCGAGAUCCUCCUCCAACCGCGAUCCUGAUUUACACGCGAGUGAGGGAACGACCUGCAACGAUGUAAAUACAUAAAUUGCACCAGAAGUCCUGUUUAAACAGAGAUUUUCGACGAUCAAACGCCAAACGUGCGAAAGAAUAGAUCCUAAUCUCGCGCUUAAUUUGAGCCGGUAUUUUAACGAAAAUUUAAUACAAAGCCGAACGGCAAUUGCGUGCAAAAUGAAUAUGUUGUGAUAAAUAACGACGUGCAAUUCAAUCUCUUCUGUGCAAAAAGUCAAUUUCAACUUCAUGAAAGGAAUUGUUAUUAGGAGGACGUGCGCAAUUUCUGAUACGCUCUGUGCAAUACGCAGUCCCCCAUUCUUGCGGAGCGUAUCUCUUUUCAAGUAUUUCUUUUAAAACGUAAAAAGCCAAAGAGAUUUUAUUUUACGUUACAUUACAAGUGUAUUAUCCGAGUUACGUCCUGUACGUGAUCGCAUGAUUUGUGUGCACGUUCACUGAGUGCUUUAAUUAUUUUUAUUAUUUUUAUAUACGCGUGUUACAUUUUCGUGUGAGAUUGCUGCAGCUCGAAUUAACAAUUUUCCAUCAAGUUCAAAACUGAAAAUUAUUAUUUUACGUCAUUUUUGUAAAUAUAUUCGAUUACAAAUAUCCUUGUAAAACAUUGUACAAAAUUAUUAAUUAAUUGUUAUUAUCACAUAAUUAAUAUUUUAUGAUUUUAUUGUAAUCGAAAAAAUGCUGUGUCUUUAUUAGUCACAUGUUACAAAUCGUGAGAAUUUUUCAGUUGCAUCAAUCACACAUCCUGAAAGUGUAAUACCUAUGAAUGUGUUAAAACCGCAAUUCUUACUUGCAAUACGAUUUUAUAGCUUCAGCAAUAUAUAUAUGUACGCAAUCGAUUAUUAUUUUAUGUAUUAUAUAAUUUUUAUUGGUGAUCGCAUAUUCGUGCAAGACGGUUAGAAUGAUAAUUAUUAUCAUCACGUUAUUUAUAGUUCAUUUACGUACUUAUUGUUAAGCGACUAUAGUGCCGUUUAUUUUAUGUUUUUCGUAGAGUAUAAAGAUGUAUAUAUCGCCCUGAUGUUAUUAUAUUUUAUUAAAUAUCUGCCAUAACGUAGCUCCCCCAUAGCGUUUUCUUCUGUUCUCGCGCAUAUCGUUUUUUUUUAUUUCUUUUUCUUUCUUUCGUUAUUCAUACUUCGAAUAUUACAGCGUUCUAUUUUUUUUCACUCUUUUAUCCGGUACACGAUUAUCGACGCGUCGAUAUAUUGGAAAUUACAUCGUAUCUCGCUUCCGCGUAACGGUCUAUGUGUUUCUCAUUUUGUGUAAGGCCAGGACAAAACACGAUAAUCUUUGUGCGGCCAGCGUUGCAUCAUUGCAAAGAAAAUGCUAAGAGCUCCCGAGUCAAUCGUGUUUUCUUGAAAGGGCACAUUAACAUAUGCAUCGGUACACCAUUCUAUUUAAUAGCAACGUGCAGGGUCAAGGGGAGUAAUUGCGAUGCUACGGUAAACUUGACGUUACAAUUUUUUCUCGAACCGUAAAAGCGAUAACAAUUAUAAGUUCGUUGAAUAAUGGCAACUCAUGUAGAGUAUGUACAUUAUAAAGCUGAGAAAAUCGAUGAUUAUUUCAGCAUCUUGUUAUUGGAAAAUAUUAUCAUAUUUUACCCAGAGUACCACGAUUAUCCCGGCGAAUCGUAAAUUCUUGUCAGAAAGAUGUCAACGAGAAAAUAUUCUGCGAAAAUCUCCUGCGAGUAUCUCGCAUAAACGAUAUUUUCGUUUGAUUCCCGAAGAAAUGCAAAAUUGGAUUGGAUCUGUCGAGAUUAUCUACUUAAGAGAUUCGCUUGCAUCUCUCGCUUCCUGAGUUCUCGAAUAGCACGCUACACUUUCCAAAGUACUCGACUUUACGUGAAUAGCGAAGAACGAUGAAUUUGCACACUUUCCAUGUAUGUGCCUCGAAAAGUGAGACUUUCUUUGCCGUAUCUGCUCGAGUAUAUAGUCUUCUACGUCCCUCGUAAUCGUACGAUUCCGUUGUAUUAUACUAUCGACGAUGAUUUUCAGGGAAGGCUUAGCGAAACGAGGAUUGCUUUGUGAAUAAUGUAAAACAUUUUCCCGUAACUUCCGCGCCUCGCAGUCAAGAUGGAAAAUUAUUUAUAAUUUUAAUCGCUUCGAUCGGUGGCCUGUACUUUCAUUCCCUGCGAGGCUUGGAACUUCAUCUCGGUGUUAUUCGACUGAUCUCUGUGCAAACGUGCGCGCAAAGCGUUUCACGAAGAUCACGUGUGUGUAUCCAUUUCCAAGGGAGAGAACAAAUAAAAUAGAUUACUUCAUAUAACAUACAGUUGAGCAAACUGUAAUGAAAGCAAUGAAAGAAAAUAAUGCUAUUUUUAUAUGUUGCACUUCAUCAUCAUCCGCCGUAACGACCCGUAGUUGUAUGAGAAAGAUCUAUUUCAGUUUUCGACUCGUAUCGAUUGGGCCAUUUCGUGUCAUUCCGAAAAUCUUGCCGAGAAGUGUACAUUAUAUCGCAAAUUCUAAACGAAUACAAUCUCAUGUAAAUCAAACGUAGCUGUACUGAAAAAUUGAGAAAAAAGACACCAAAAGAAUUUACUUAAAAAUUAAUAAAUAUCUACUUCAAUAAUGCGAUAAAAAUUUGAGUACUUUUCUUACAUCUUUAAUAAUGAUCUGCAAAGUAUUGCGAAGAUUGUCGCAACAAAUAUUUCAAGACAUUAUUUACACGAGGAUAUUUAUACGACAUUAUUCGUGUAAUCUGACAAGAAAUGACCCAAUAAUAUUACCGUCAUAAUAUUUAGCAGCUUAGAACAAUCGAAUCGAUGAAAAAAAAGGAUAUCUCGGAAGAUGAUCCAAGAGAUGCUCUUGCUCACAGAUAAUCUAGAGUACUAUAGUAAGAUUUACUAUUAUUGUAUUAUUACUAAUAUAUCUACAUUCCUUUUCAGAAUCUACCACUAUUACUUUACGAAGCUAUCUGUAAAUAAGUAUUUUGUAUUCCUGCAAAAAAGAAUAAAAUUAAGAAUCAUUAUAA